UUACCAUCUCUUUUUCAUCGUUGUGUUUUCUGUUCUUAACGGCUGGGGAACAAGAACUGUACGUCUGCACCCGAUGCACGUUGCGAGGCCCUGAAAGUGACAGUGGAGAAGAUGAAGAGAGCCAUAAAUAUUCCUAUAUCUGGGGAUUCAACGACACCGUAUACCGCAAACGCAAGUGCGUGACUGGAAGGCAACCGUACGUGCCAACACUGUACCCCGUCGGACGUGAGGUGUCCUCGUGUUACGGGUGUGAGCUCUGGUGCGAGAUCAAACCUGUGCAGCAGCCUGUGUACCUGGGAGGUUGCUGGGAAGUUGAUCAGUGGCCUUCAAUCCUUCCAGGUCACUGGAUAACAAUUGGUAACAGGACGCGCUUUUGCAGGCUGAAUGGCUAUGUCUGCUACUGGGACGACUUCAAUCCCGUCGAAAAUGUCACCAAGGCGCCCGGCACCAGUCCUUCACCGUCAUCGGAGAUGGAGAAUUUUCCUGAAGACAUUGAGACCUCAGUAAGUCUGCAAGACGCUCUGGAGACGUUGGAGCCACCUAAAUUCCGAGGGCCGUUUUCGUGGAGACUUAGUUUUGUGCCCACGCCGCGGAAAUUGGUGUCCUCUUUGGAAACAAUACUGGUAAAAUCGAGCAUCCUGUCUCAGAAGCAGAUAAGUCGGUCUCUGGAAGGCUUUGAGAUGCUCGCCGCUUCGAUACGUUUGCACGGCAGGACCAAGCUCCUGUCGAUAGCGGGCAAACGUGCAACGCUUCUGGUCGCUGAGAAGGUCCAGGGACUGGUGGUGUCAGCCGACGGUGCUGUGGUCGCGUCGCUAGAGUCUCUCCAGAACGAAAGCUCUGCGGCCUCGCUGACCUCUGACAUGGACGUGUCAGCUGCGGUGUUGGUGGCAGCUGGAGCGCCGGCUGCGUGGCUGGCAGUCACGUUCUUCCAGCGGACAGGUGUCGGUGAGGUCUUCCAACAGCACGGCUACACCCUUAACAGUGACGUCAUUGGUGUUCAGGUUAUCAGGACUUCCAUUGACUACGAAUCAUACGUGGACAUCGUGUUGAGGCCGACACACAGCGGCAUCAGGCGACAAUGUGGUCGAUGGGACUUGGAGAGGAGUGUGUGGAACUUCAGCCUUUGCAGCCUAGAGCUCCAAGACGAGGUGAACGACGUGUGCCGGUGCCGGCAACUGUCGCACAUCGCGCAGGUGGUGACGGACGCGGACCUGCAGUGGGUGAGCCACGCCGGGGCGCUGGAGGCGCUCUCUCUGGCCGGCGUCUGCGCCUCCCUGCUGGGCGUCACGGGACUCGGAGCCGCCGCAGCGCUCGACCCAGAGUGGCGCACAAAACCGGGGUCGCGCGUGCUGCUGCAGCUGGCCGGUGCGGUGGGUGCGCGCGACGCUCUGUUUGCGGUGGUGACGGCGGUCGGACGGCUCCGGCGGCAGCCGAGGGCGUCGCCCGGGUGCGUGGUGUUGGGUGUAGCGCUGCACUACUCGCUGCUCGCCGCCGCCGCGUGGACCACGGCGGCCGCUGUGCUGCAGCUGCUGCGCCUCGGCACCGUCGCAGGCGCACAGGCACGGGUCCCACACGUGGUGCUGGUGUGCUCGACGUGUUCGUGGUUGUUGCCGUUGGUUCCGGUGGCGGCGCUGAUCGUGGUCCUGGGACUCAGGGCCGGGUAUCCACUGCGCGAGGACAGCGCCUCAGAUUUCCUGUGCUACCCGCAGGGCGCCGCCUUCUACGUCUCUGUCCUACUUCCUGUCACCGUAUGCAUCCUCAUCAACGCAGCCAUCUUCCUCUACCUGCUGUUCACAGUGCUCUUCCCGCUCUGUAGGGGUGGAAGUGGCGUUGUCGUUACCAGACACGGGCCCUCACAGCUGCGGCACCGUGCCCUCACCACGGUGAUGCUGUUCUUCCUGUUGGGCCUCCCAUGGCUGCUGGGACCACCGGCCAGGGAGCUAGCAGUUGCAUACAUCUUCUGCAUCGUCGCCACGCCGCAGGGGCUAAUGCUGUUCAUAUUCUUCGUGCUGUGCAACGAUAAGCUGCGCAGACGCCUGAGCAGCACGUUACUGUCUACUCUGCCUACAUCCAGCAGCCCUCUGAGGCCUACCGUGAGGACACAAAAGACAGAGACGCCAGGUGGUGUGGACAUGUCGCUGCACACAUGGUCUUCAGGUGUGCCGGCAUCUGCAGACGGCAGCGUCCGAAGUCGGCGGCCGCAGUUAGAGUUUCCUCUGCAGGAAAGACCCCAUGUGUUGCUGACGCGCUACACUGUCUUGGGCGAAGAGGGCCAGGUGCGAUACACUUUCGACCUGAGCUCGUGGUCCCCAGACGACGGCAAUCCCUUUGAUGCUGCCUACAUGCCAACCUCUCAGGAUCGGCGCUCUGCCACCAAGUAUGUCUUCCCACAUACGCAAAUGGGCCAGGAAGGCGAAAAUAGCAACUAGUCAGGCAUUGUACCGUUUAUUCGACCUCUACUCAUAGAAUUACUUAGCCAUGGUGAUAUUUGUUUAUAUCUUGUGCCCUGUACGGUAACGCACAUCAAUAAAGUGUUCUUCCAAGGUCA